AACAGUUAGCAAGGUUGUUUCCUUGUUGUAGUUCUCCUGGAAAACCGAAAUGACUGCAUUACUUUGGACAGCUAUCCUGAUCCUACAAUUUGUCUUCGAGGUGACAACUUCCCAGUCGGCAUGCGGAAACGAUAGUUCGGUCGCAGUUUGUAGCUGCCGGACGAAUGUUGACUGGACUUUGACUGUUACUUGUAAGGGACUUGGACUUCGCUCUUUACCUGACGGAAUUCCUGUGAAUACUUCGUACCUAACCAUGGUAAAAUGUGGUAUUGAGGAGAUUCAACCAAACACAUUUACAAUGUUAAGCAGUCUAUCGCUUCUCGAUUUUAAUUACAACAAUAUUGACACAAUCGAGGAGGACAUGCUUUCUCUGAACGGUUCCACGCCUUGUAUGAUAUAUUUAACAGUAGGUGCAACUGAAAUAGCAACGGGAAGUUCCAGAAAUCUUGGAAACAGCUCGUCUUUAUAUUUAUCGGAUAACUCGAUUACAACCAUUCCUUCGAGAGUGUUUCAGUCACAUUCGUUAAAUAAUGUACAAUUGGCAUCUAAUAAAUUGCAGCAUAUACACCCUGAAGCAUUUGCUGAGGUGGGAAGUGUACUAUGUGUGACAUUAAAUAAAAACCGACUAACAAAAAUUCCACUUGCUGUUUAUAGACUGAAGAUAGAACUGUCUUUAACCAUGAGUGUGAACUAUAUUGAUUUCAGAUCUCACCCAAAUAGAAGCGUCCUUGCUCACUCACCAAAGAGAUUACUUUUGGCAAAAAAUAGCAUUCGGUAUAUUUCCAAAAAAUAUUUCUGUGGGUUGAAAUCUCUGAAAGAGCUAUUUAUUUAUCUUAAUGAGAUAUCAUAUAUAGAAGAUGGAUCUUUCAGUGGAACCAGCCUCCAGGUUAUCUAUAUCUACGGAAAUAGAUUGACAAAAAUUACAAGUGAGAUGUUCAACGUACAUAUCGGAUCACUUACAUAUCUUUAUAUAUUUAAUAAUCCAAUUGAAGAUAUGGAACAUGGAUCAUUGUCCCAUCUGGCACCAAAUUCAACAGUGUAAGCAUCGAUCAGCAUACACUUUUUAAGUAGGCCUGUAUAUU